AUGUUAAAAUCUCAUUUCAAUUUACAAAGAGAUGACAAUGAAGAAGAAAUUGAAAUAGUUCCAGAGGAACAAACAUAUCAUGAACACGUUGGUGAGGAAGCUGUUCCUGAUGAAGAGCCAAUAAUACGAGCGCCGGAGCGUGUGCUCAGUCGAUCUGAGAUAAGCAUUCGAUUGAGUGUGCUAGGAAAGACUGCGGCUGGCGAUGGGUACACAUAUUUAAAGGCAACUUGCACAAACAUGAAUUUAACAGAGAUUUCAGCUUUAAAAUCAUUCCAUCAUCUACAAUACAUUGAUGUAUCCAACAACAACUUGACUACAGAAAGCUUACAAGUUUUAUCCGAACUACCCUUCUUAUUAUUAAUUCACGCUGAUAAAAACAAUUUGAAUUCUGCAUAUUUAAAAAGGAUGAAGUAUUUACAAGUUAUAAUAUUUAAUAACAACAGAAUAACAUCUGUGCGUGAUGUAUACCAUCCAGAAAUGAGUACUGUUGAAGUGGGGUAUAAUAAAAUAAUUAAUAUAUAUUUCGAAAACCGAAUGCCUAAUCUAAAAUGCCUCGACUUCCGAUAUAAUUCCAUACAUGAUAUCUCUGAUAUAGACUUUCCUAACUUGGACAGUCUCUAUUUAGCUGGUAAUAGAAUCACCAGUUUAAUUGGUAUAGAAAAUCUUCCAAACUUAAGGAUUCUACAUGUAAGAAAUAAUCCUAUUAAGUUGCUAAAUGGCUUUGACCCAGUUCAUAAAAAACUGCAAUAUCUUAACUUGAGGAAUACCAAAGUCACAACAUUGAAACAAAUCAAAAAGUUAAGGGUUCUGCCUGCACUAGAAACAUUAAUUAUAAAGGGGUGUCCAUACAUGGGAGGCACGGGUGAAGAAGAUGCCGAAGUGGCUGACGAAGAAGAGAGCCCUGAACAGAGAGUGGAAGUGCUGGCUUCUUUGCCGAGACUUAAACGACUGAAUAAAGGAGUCAUAACUCCUGAAGAAAGAACUGAAGCUAAUGACCUGAUCAAACAGUGGAUAGAAGAAGGCGAGAAUGAUGAAGAAGAAAUAGAAGAUGAGCACAAUGAACUGGAGUCAAAUGAUGAAAACUAA